AUCCGCCACGCGGCGGGCAAGACGUGGCGCGACGACACGCUCGAGCAGUGGCCCGAGGGCGACUUCCGGCUGUUCGUGGGCAACAUCGGCAACGAGGUCACGGACGAGCUCCUGAGCCACUCGUUCGGCCGCUACCCGUCGCUGUCGCGGGCCAAGGUCAUCCGCAACAAGCACACGAACAAGUCCAAGGGCUUCGCCUUCAUCUCCUUCAUGGACCCCUUCGACUGCGCCAAGGCGCUCCGCGAGAUGACGGGCAAGUACAUCGGCAACCGGCCCUGCAAGCUCAUGAAGUCCACGUGGAACGAGCGCACGCUCUCCGAGGUCCGCAAGCGCGACAAGAAGAAGCGCAAG